CACGGAACAACACGAGGAAGUAAAAACAAAGGCGUGAGCGUUUAGAAACGCAAUGCAUUGAUCGUAAGUUAAAUGUUUGAGACGAAUGAGGCACUUAAGAAAAUAUUUUGCUGUUUUUGUAAAGGUUUAGAUAAGCAUGUCAUCCAAACAGGGGAUAAAAGGUGAAAUUAUGACAACAGAGACUUCAUUGGUGACCAGUAUGGGGGAAAACGGCAAGAAUAGCAGAAAAGAAGGGGUAGGAUUUCACUCAGAGUCCAAUAACGACAUAACUGCCCCGUCAGACACAAACAUGGUUGCUGCAGGGAACCUAGCUCUGCUGAAAGCCCAUUCCUUGGAUGUGAAAUUUGAAGUGGGUGAGGAAUAUGACAUCAUCGAGACAAUUGGCACAGGGGCCUAUGGUGUUGUGUCAUCUGCACGGAGGCGGGAUAAUGGACAGCGGGUGGCGAUAAAGAAGAUUCCAAAUGCUUUUGAGGUGGUGACGAAUGCCAAACGCACUUUGCGAGAGCUUAAGAUUCUCAAACACUUCAAACAUGAUAAUAUUAUUGCCAUUAAAGACAUCCUUCAGCCUGCUUUGCCCCACUCCGCAUUCAAAUCUGUGUACGUGGUUCUCGACCUGAUGGAAAGUGACCUGCAUCAGAUCAUCCACUCCCGUCAGCCGCUCACCCCUGAGCACACCCGCUACUUCCUCUACCAGCUGCUGCGAGGACUUAAAUACAUCCACUCCGCCAACGUCAUCCACCGUGACCUAAAGCCAUCAAAUCUGCUAGUCAAUGAGAACUGCGAGCUGAAGAUUGGAGAUUUUGGAAUGGCUCGGGGGCUCAGUUCACACCCAGAGGAGUCCCGCUCCUUCAUGACUGAGUAUGUGGCGACCCGGUGGUACAGAGCACCAGAGCUAAUGCUGUCUCUGCAUCACUAUAGCUUAGCCAUUGACCUGUGGUCAGUGGGAUGUAUCUUUGCUGAGAUGCUGGGGAGGAAGCAGCUGUUCCCAGGAAAACACUACGUUCACCAGCUACAGCUCAUUCUGCAUGUUUUGGGCACUCCUCCUGAGAGUAUCAUCGGGGCUAUUGGAGCAGACAGGGUGCGUUCCUACAUACAAAGCCUGCCGUCCCGUGGCCCCAUCCCCCUCACCACAUUGUAUCCACAGGCGGAGCCCGCAGCCCUGGACUUACUGGCAGCCAUGCUGCGGUUUGACCCUCGCGAAAGGAUCAGUGUUACCCAGGCAUUGGCACACCCCUACCUUUCUAAAUACCAUGACCCUGAUGACGAGCCCAUCUGUGUGCCAGCCUUUGAUUUUGAGUUUGACAAGCUUCCGCUCAGCAGGGAGCAGAUUAAAGAUGCCAUUCUGGAAGAGAUACAAGAUUUCCAUCAGAGGAAGCAGGGGAACAGGAGGAAGAUCCAAUUCAGGCCGCUGCAAAAACAAAGCAACCAGAGCAACUCGCACACAGCCACAGCCAACGUGGCAAAUAACGCAUUAGCCACUACACCACUAGCACAGCAUCAGCCAUCACAGCAGCAGCAGUUGCCAAAUGAAGAAUUUCAGCAGCAACAGGAUAAAUCAACAGCGAUUACCCAAACAGCCUUUAUAAGUGGGGUCUCAUCCCUUUGCCAACAAGACCAUACACUGCCUCUUUUGACCCACACAGGAAGCUGCCAAGAUGUGGACAUGCCUAGUGCCAAUUCUGAAAGUGGCCAGCCAGAGACUAUUGACCUGACCACUCCAGUCUCUUCACAAGGCACCCCACCUUCCAGUAUGAUUGGAGAAUGCUCAAAGAUGGAUGGGCCAUCAGCUAACCAGAUACCCGUAACACCAGUAACUCAGAAUCACUCUCUUUCUCAAGCUUCCACUAUACCCUCCAGCUCAUCUCAGACUCAGUCUGCUUUUUCACACCCUGGUCCCUCUCUCUCCCUCUCUCAGUCACAAGCCCAGUCCCUUUCACAGACCUUGUCUCGUUCCCUGGCUAAAGUAGGCAAAGGAGGAAGUGCAGGGGAAGGAACUAGGAAGGAAGGAGCCAUUUCAGAUGAUACUAAAGCUGCCCUAAAAGCAGCUUUGCUUAAAUCUGCUCUCAGGCAAAGAGCAAGAGAUGGGGGCUCAGCAGGUUUGGGUAUGGAGAUGGGAGGAGUAGGGGCGCUAGCGUCCUCUCUCUCUUCUGUCCCUUCAGAGCAGCGGCGCCCAGUGACUGCCCAGGAGCGACAGAGAGAAAGAGAAGAGAAGAGGAGGAGGAGACAGGAAAGAGCUCGGGAACGAGAGAGGAAAAUCAAAGAAAAGGAGAAAAGAGAAGGGAAGAAGGGGGAGUCUCUUAGAGGAGUGGUCUUGAGUGAUAAUGACAAGUGCCUGUUGGAACGCUGGAAACGGAUGAUGGACAGGCAGAUGGAUAAGUCUCAGAAAAUCAUAGAUGACACUAGUGGGAAUAAGGACAGCAAAGCAAUAUCUCUCAGUGUUAAUAUAGCCAGGCAGACCCAGACAGUUAUAGGAAAAGGUCUUCCGUUGACAGAUAUUGAUGUCAGUCCAGAAAACAAAGUAAACAAGCAACAACUAGAUAAACAACAAAAAGAACAGCAAAUGCAAGAACAGAUAACCAGCAGAUACCCGAAACUGGUUACCCAGGCAAACCAGAAUUUGCCUGGAUUAUAUCAACAAUCAGGUUCCCCUGCGUCUCUUAGUUUUUCCCAGACACUGACACAGGAAGGGGGAAGGGACCUAGCUGGAGUAAGUGGCAGGGUGGACACACUCAGUGUCUGCUCUUUAGCCAAAAAUGGUCCUCUCAAACAAGCAGAAUUUGGAGGGAGGAACAUACGCAGGACAACAGAGGAUUGGACUGGUCAAGAGAGUGGGGUUGUAGGGGUGGCACCUCAACAGCCCCAACAACAAACACAUCCCUCUUCCCAGUCAAGCUUCCCCCAGCCUGAGCUCCUUCCCCUCGGGUCAUAUGUUCGAAAAGCCCCAGUAUUCUCCCAAGGGGAGGGCCUUACUGUUGAAACCAAUGGAAAUGCUAGAAUGACACACCAGAACAAUGGUGACUCCCACUCUGAUUCAAGUUCUGUCACUGAGGUUAGAAACAUGGAAAAGAUCUGUCCCUCCCUCAGUGAGCAGCCUUGCACCCAUCCACAGAGUCCUCAGCCUGGGCCCUCAGUGACCUCGCAGUCUGGCCAGGAACUCUCCCACUCUGAACAGCCAGGGGGCAGCAGCGUCCCUGACAUCCACACUGUAACGCUGCAGCUCUCCAAAUCACAGGUGGAAGAUGUAUUGCCCCCGGUUUUCUCAGUAACCCCCAAAGGGAGUGGGGCAGGGUACGGUGUCGGGUUUGACCUGGACGAUCUCCUCACUCAGUCGUUCACAGACCUUCAGCAGUCAGACCUCAGGGAUGGUCACACAGACUCUGCCCCCCUCUCAGCAUCCUUGCUCUCUGAUUGGCUUGAGGUUCACCGAAUGACCCCCGCAGACUUGGAGUCACUUCAGCAGGAGUUGCAGCUAGGGUCUCCUAUGAUCCUCUCGGACACACCCACCCCUCCCGACACCUAACUUUGCAUCUAUCCCGGGAACAAACUGUUGAAUGACUGCCACUAUGAAUCUUGUCCUAAUGGUUACAGUGAAUACUGGAUUGAUUUAUUACAGAGUAACUUGAUUUUAAAAAAUGAUUGUAACUUUAGUAAUAGUCAAAAUUAUGAUUAUUAUUACUA